UACAAAUUUAAACAAGACUUGGACAACAAGAAGUAACAUUAUUAGCUAGGGUUUGCAAAAAAACAUGAAAUUUAUAAUGAAUUCUUGUCAAGUGAUUUUCUUUGCAGUUGUUCUACUAGGUGGGAUUUUGCAUCUUAGUCGAGGUAGAGACGACGUAAACUUCGAUAUCAACUAUAAUAUCACUUGGGGAAAUGAUCAUGUUUUGUCCCUAGACCAAGGAAGAGAAGUUCAGCUUUCCAUGGAUAUACAAUCUGGUUAUUCAUUAUUCUUUGGCCAUUACACUACAUCGUCUCAAGUACUUGAGCUUUUUAGCGAACGAUUCAACAUUGUCAAACUAGACAAUCACAAUGACAAUUUAACAGUACAUAUCACCGUACGUUAUUUACAUUUAUGGCUAUUCUGGACCAAUUAUUCCUUUUAUGAAUGCUUUAGUUUGUAUCAUGAUAAUUUACGCAUCGAAAGUCGAUUUUUCAGCAUUCAAAUAAGCCAAUUAAUCAACCUAUUACAGUGUGACACAUCACUUGAUGCUUAUAAGAUCAAUUCUGCAUGUAAUUCUUAUAUAACAUGCAUUCUUUAUUCAUUUUUUUUUUCUAGGUUCUAUGUUGAUGACAUCCCAAUAAGAAUAUUCAAGAACAAAACCAACAUUGGAGUGAACUAUCCAUCCCAACCAAUGCAAAUAGAAGCCAGUUUAUGGAAUGGGGACAGUUGGGCCACAGAUGGAGGCCAAACCAAGACUAAUUGGUCACAUGCACCAUUCAAAGCUCACUUUCAAGGUUUCAAUGUUGGUGGCUGCCCAUUAGAUCAAAACUCCAUUAAUAUCCAUCGGUGCUAUUCAUCAAAUUAUUGGUGGAAUGAUAGGAAAUUUUGGAAGCUUGACAAGAAUCAGCAAAAGGCAUAUCAGCAAGUGAGACAAAAGUAUAUGAAUUAUGAUUAUUGCUCUGAUAGGUCUAGGCAUCCUAAUAUUCCCCCAGACUGUGUGUAAGAGUGCUGUGGUUGCAUCUUUUUAAUUUCUCAUGGGGUUAUUUCAAUAAAAAUUGCUUAAAUGUUUGUGAAAGAAAA